AUGCAGCCCACAGCCACCAUGGCCACAGCUGAUGCCACCACUGCCACGGUGGCCCUGACAACGUCGUGGGACAACACCACUGGCCGUCCCACGGCCGAGCCCGACCCCAUCCUGGACAACUACGUGCUGCUGGUGGUGGUGAUGUCGCUGUUCGUGGGUGGCACACUGGUGGUACUGUCCGGGGUCCUGCUCCUCUGCAAACGCUGCUGGGAGGUGCACCAGCGCUUCAACAGAGCCAUGGAGGAAGCUGAGAAGACCACUACCACCUACCUGGACAAUGGCACCCACCCGGCCCAAGACCCUGACUUCAGGGGGGAGGACCCCGAGGGCCAGGAUGCAGAGACGGAGCGCUUCCUGUCCACCAGCUCCACCGGCCGCCGGGUCUCCUUCAACGAGGCGGCCCUGUUUGAACAGAGCCACAAGGCGCAGGACAAGGGCCGCCGGUACACCCUGACAGAGGGGGACUUCCACCACCUGAAGAACGCCCGCCUCACCCACCUGCACCUGCCGCCCCUCAAGAUCGUCACCAUCCACGAAUGUGACUCGGGCGAGGCCAGCUCGACUGCCACCCCCCACCCACCCGACACCCCCAAGGCCAGCCUCGCCAUCUUCCAGCCCCCGGGGAAGGCCCUCACUGGCCGCUCCGUGGGCCCCAGCUCCGCCCUGCCAGGUGACCCCUACAACUCAGCAGCGGGUGCCGCCGACUUCGCGGAGAUCAGUCCGUCUGCAUCUAGUGACUCUGGGGAAGGCACCUCGUUGGAUGCAGGUACCAGGAGCACCAAGGCUGGUGGCCCCGGGGCUGCCAUGGGUCCUGGGGAGGCAGGCUCGGGGGCGGGCACUGUGCUACAGUUCUUCACCCGUCUGCGCCGCCAUGCCAGCCUGGAUGGGGCCAGCCCCUACUUCAAGGUCAAGAAAUGGAAGCUGGAGCCCACCCAGCGGGCGGCCAGUCUGGACACCAGAGGUUCCCCCAAGCGGCAUCACUUCCAGCGGCAGCGGGCAGCCAGCGAGAGCAUGGAGCAAGAGGGGGACACCCCCCAUGCCGACUUCAUCCAGUACAUCGCCCGUGCAGGCGACGCAGUGGCCUUCCCGACCCCCCGCCCCUUUCUGGCCAGCCCCACCAGCCCGCCCCCCGCUCUCGGCAGGCUAGAGGCAGCUGAGUCAGCGGGAGAAGCGAGCCCCGAAUCCCCCCCGGAGCGCGGCGGCGGCGCAGGGCCUGAGCACCACCAGCAGCAGCCGGAGCCAGAGCUGGAAGCCGAGCGGGACUCGGGCCCUGAGCAGGCCCAGACCAGCUACCGCGACCUGUGGAGCCUUCGUGCCUCGCUCGAGCUGCACGCGGCCGCCUCGGACCACAGCAGCAGCGGCAACGACCGCGACUCGGUGCGCAGCGGCGACAGCUCGGGCUCAGGUUCCGGGGGCGCGGCGCCCGCCUUCCCGCCGCCGUCGCCGCCCGCGCCGCGGCCCAAGGAUGGCGAGGCGCGCCGGCUGCUGCAGAUGGACAGCGGCUACGCCAGCAUCGAGGGCCGCGGCGCGGGCGACGACGUCGAGCCGCCCGCCAUGCCCACCCGGCCCCGCAGCCCGCGCGCCUGGCCCCGCCGUCCGCGCCGCGACUAUAGCAUUGACGAGAAGACUGACGCGCUCUUCCACGAGUUCCUGCGCCACGACCCGCACUUCGACGACGCGCCGCCCUCCGCCGCGCGCCACCGCGCACGUGCUCACCCGCACCCACGCAAGCAGUGGCAGCGCGGCCGGCAGCACAGCGACCCAGGCGCGCGCGCGGCCCCGGCCCUGGCCGGCGCCCCGACCCCCGCCGUAGCCCGCCCCGCGCGUGCGCCUUUGCGCCGUGGCGACAGUGUGGACGGCCCGCCCGAUGGCCGUGCGCUGGGCAGCGCCGGCGACGACCCCGCCAUCCCCGUCAUCGAGGAGGAGCCCGGCGGGGGCUGCCCCGGCUCGGGCCUAUGCGUCGAGCCCCCGGGGGCGCUGCUGGACAAGCUGGCGGCCGGCCUCGAGGAGAGGCUGUUCCCGCUCCGCCUCGCCGAACCCGUCGUCGCCGCGGCCCCCGCGCUGGUCGCCGCCGCCCCCACGUCUCCCGACCACAGCCCGGCCUAA